AUGCUGAACUCCCUGAUGAAGCGGGACCUGGAGAAGCACCUGAAUGUGUCCAAGAAGUUCCACCAGAUCAGCAUCCUGCUGGGAAUCGAGCUGCUGUACCAAGUGAACUUCAGCAGGGAGGCCCUCCAGGAGCGCCGGGCUCGCUGCGAGACGCAGAACAUAGACCCCGUGGUCUGGACCAACCAGCGGGUGCUCAAGUGGGUGCGAGAUAUUGACCUGAAGGAGUACGCAGACAACCUGACCAACAGUGGUGUCCACGGCGCCGUGCUGGUGCUGGAACCCACGUUCAACGCUGAGGCCAUGGCCACGGCCCUGGGCAUCCCCAGCGGGAAGCACAUUCUCCGGAGGCACCUGGCGGAGGAGAUGAGUGCCAUCUUCCACCCGGCCAAUUCCACAGGCAUGCGGGAGGCCGAGCGAUUCGGAACGCCCCCGGGGAGGGCCUCCAGCGUCACCCGGGCGGGGAAGGAGGAAAACAGCGGCGGGAUCAAGUACAAGGCUGGCCGGCUGCCCCUGGGAAAGCUAGGAAGGGGCUUCAGCAGCAAAGACCCCGAUUUCCACGAUGACUACGGCUCUCUUCAAAACGAAGAUUGCGGAGACGACGAGCCCCAGGGCAGGCCCGAGCAGGGCCGUGUGGAAGGCUACAACGGCCUGGAGGUCACCAACGUGUAAGGAGCCAAUGCUCCACCGGACCCAACGCAGAGAGACCCAGGGAUGCAGGACAGCCAGGGACUGUCGCUGUUGUACAUAGUGACCUCGGCCCGAGGAUGUUCCUCUAGUCCCGGGAAAUCCCCGCAGACUGCUGUGACUUUGGAUGGGGACCCCGAGGAACGAGGGGGCACCAGCCUGCCCGACUUGAGCGGGCUGUGGACUUCCGUGCUCGCUGGAGGGAGACUGGCCCGGAGGGCCCGUCAGGGUGCCCAGCACCUCUGUCACCAAGGCUCCACCUCGGAGUGACUCAGCCACUGAGCGGUUCAAGCGGUCCCGGGAGCCUUGAACUGAGCCACCAGGAUGGAAAGAGGCACAGGGUUCCCCAAAACACCCUCCCAGGAGGAGCAGAUGGGACCCCAGCCAGACACGCAGAGCCCGGCAGUGACAGCACCAGGAGCUAGCAAAGCUGGCCCCCCCACCCCGUGACCAAUAACUUGGCUUCUGACUUGGGUCACUGAAUCUCUCCUGGGAGAAGGCAAAACGGGAAGGUCAUUCCCAUCCUAAGAGCCGUGUGUCACAUCCGGGUGGACGUGUUAAAGGGCUACUUGCUCCCUUCUCCCGGGAGUGGCUGUCCUGGGCGGAGGCAGGUGACAUCCCUGCGGGGGUGGGUCUGAGCAGCUGACAUUGCCAGGAAAUGCAGAUAUCUGGUCAUCAGGAUGAAGGAUAUCGUGUCGAUAGG